AUGAACAUGUUGCCCUGGAUGAAAUUUAAUAUUGACGUGAAUUUUUCCAGGACUGCGAAAAGAUCUGCGGCAAAGUGAUCGAUCACAAGCUUCUCAGUUCCGACGAGAUCCAAAAAAGGUUUGCUAAAAAAAAUAGAAACGAGAUAGUGUGGUGGGAAAGGAGAGAGCAGACAUUAUUUUUUCUCUUUCUGUCUGUGCCCUCUAAUCGUUUCAUUCUAUCUCGCUUUUUUCGAUCUUAUGUAGAAGUUAUGUAUUGGGAUAAUUUUUAGUGGCCACUAUAGGGUUUUGACAUUUUAGCGGCCACUUUAGGGGUUAAAAAUUAGUGGCGACUGUAGAGGUGGUUUUAGUGGCCACUUUAGUGUCUUCUCCAAGUAGUCCUUUAUAGUGGCCACUAGAAAUUUUCCCAGUAAACCAAACUAAGGUUGAUUAUUGGUCAGGUUCGACUCCUCUCCACGUUUUUGCCAUUUUCCUUUUACUAUACCUGAAAAUUACCCUUUUUUAUUUCACCUGAUCUCAAAGUUGAUCGAUUUUGAGCUCUCCUAAUGGUUGGAAUGCGUUUUUUUUUCAUUAUCAUACGAAAGUCCGAUUGGCUUAAUCAUCCCGAUGCUAAUCCAAGGUCUCUGGUUCAAUCCCCAUCGGAACGAACUUUUUUUUGCAGGUACGAGAGCUCGGUCCGCGCCUGGGACUCGUAUUGCUCGCCUGAGCCCUACGAUUUUUUGGCCUCACCUGCUCCAGCUCCAACCUACAAGUCGAAGUGUGACUACGACAUCGCGGCAGCUGUUCAAAGGCAGAGGAAUUUCAAUUAUCAGGUAUCACAUCUCAUCGAAAAAAAUUUCUAAAUUUCAAUUUUUUUUCUUGUUAUUUUUUUAAAAAGCCUCUGGAGGUACUUGGAAAAACCAUACCGUCGAAAAAAAUUCAGGCAAAAAAAAUUUUUUUUCUCAAGGGGUGGUUUAGGUUUUUUUCGGCUUAUCCCCCAAGAAAAAUUCAGAAAAAAAUCAAAAUUUUGAAUGACGCGAUUUUCAUACCUUUUUCAUUUGAGUUGAAUAGAAGGUGUUUGGAAACUUAGUCCACGGUUUAUUUGGAAAACUAGUCCGCCACGAUUUCUCGUUUUUUUUUUCGCGUUCAAUAUUCAGUCAAUCUAGCUUUUCUUUCGGAAACCUCUAAAGAAAAUUGAGAAAUCCAUACCGUCAAAAAAUUUUGAAACAAUAUUUUUUGAAUUUCUCUAUUUCAGAGGAGCAUUUUGGUAAUCUAGGUCGCGGCUGAUUUGGAUUUUUAUUCCACGUUUUUAGAUAAAUAUAAAGAAAUUAUUAAGGUUUCGAUCAAAUUUUUCUAUAACGCGAUUUUCGAAUUUUUCAUUUGACCAAAAUAGAAUGUGUUUGGAAACUUAGUCCAAGGUUUAUUUGGAAAACUAGUCCGUCACGAUUUAUCUCGUUAAGGUAUUUUUUAACAAGAUUUCGAUCAAAGUUUUCAAUAACGCGAUUCUCAUAAUUUUCCUUUUGAGUUGAAUAGAAUGAGUUUGGAAAUUUAGUCCCCGGGUCAUUUGGAAAACUAGUCCGCCACGAUUUUUUUUUUGUUCUGGUCGCUUUUUUCUCACGGUUUCUAUGUUUUCACCAGAAAGGAAUCAUUUUUCCGCCAAUUUCGAACCUUUACCUAGUAAAAACCGAUGUUUUGAUAAAGCGGCGACGACGGGGCUCAAAAACGCGCCGGGAGCAGCGGCUUCCAACUUUCUUAACUGCUUGAUUGAUUGAUUGAUUGAUGGAUCUUGGGGAGCGAAGGAAAGAAAACGAAAUUUGCUUGUUUGUUGCCACCCUCCGCCGCCUGUCCCCGAGCAUCUUUUGAUUUUGAAUGCGGAGGGAUUUUUUGAAAAUAUCAGGUGAUAGUGAUAUAGAUUACUGGUUUCACUUAUAUUUCGAAAAUUGAUCGUUAAACGGAAUUUCAAAAAAUUAUAACUUAGGCUGUAGGUGUCCUAAAGGCAUGUUUCAGGUACCAAAAAAUUCAGAAAUAAGUGCUUGAUCAUCCUAGAAAAACAGUACUCUUGAAAAACCUUUAAGAAAAUCUAAAAUUGAGAAAAACCCUUAACGGUCGUUCGUUUAAUUCAAAAAAUCAUAACUCAGGCUGUAGAUGAUCUAAAAUCAUGUUUCAGGUGCCGAAAAAUUCAGAAUUAUGUGCUUGAUGAUCCUAGAGAAACAGAAUUCUUAAAAAUCCUAAGAAGGAUCUCAAAUUAAAGAAAAACCUUAACUUUGAGGUCAUUUUUUAAGUUCAAAAAAUCAUAACUCAAGCUGUAGAUGAUCUAAAGUCAUGUUUCAGAUAUCAAAAAAUUUAGAAUUAUAUGCCCCGCAAUCCUAGAAAAACAGUACUCUCAAAAACCUUUUAAAAAAAUCUCAAAUUAAGGAAAAACCAUAACUUUAACGUCAUUUUGAAGUUCAAAAUUUAUAACUUGGGCUGUAAGGCCCAUAGAAAAUAGUGAGACAAGGUGGGGGUUUUUUCGAAUUUUGAAAAUUUAUCGUUAAAAGGUGCUCUGAAAGCUUCUGAAUAAUCCCUUAACUCAAUAUUAUAGAGCCGAAAAAAACACGCCCUAUGCGACUGAAUAGACGCUCUGGAGCACAAUAAUAAUGAAAAUAGAAUAAUCUCUCUUGAGAUUUCGAAAAAGAGCUCAAAACCGUCCUAGAACUUCAAAAAAAAAAAGCUUUAGACUUAUAAAAGCGUUCCAAAAUGAGCCCUAACACCCCUCAAAAGACGCUCUAGCGCACAAAAAAGAUAUCUUUUCGUUUUUUGGUACUUUUCCUGGAAAUAAGUACGAUUUCCAGGUAUCCCUACCGCACUACACCUCCACGAAAUUCCUGUCCGACUCUGUCAAACGCUACAUCCAAUUCCUUCUUCUGAAACAAACCUACUCGGAUCAAUUCCUGACGCCCUGCUAUGACUUCGAUCUCAUUUGGCACACGCAUCAGGUUUUUUUCUUUUGGAUUCAAUGCGGUGCGGUCGCGCUGCGGUUCAAGUUAGCAGCCAUCCUCGAGCCAUUCCAAAUGCGGUCAUUUUGAGCCAUUUUUGCAGGUCCACCCAUCGAACUACCUGCGCGAUUGUACGGCCAUCUUUGGUGCGUUAUUAAAACACGACGACACGGUUAAUGACAGGACGAAGGGCAGCAAAUUAUUAAAGGUAAUCCGUUAAUUAAUUAACUUAUUUGGUGGCCUAGGAUUCCAAAUGAUAAGGUUUCUACUGAGCGUCUGAAGGCCUAACUUUCCAAUUCUUAGAUAUAUCUCAUUUCGAUAAGAACUGUUUUUCGAUAUGACCUAGUUUUCCAAAUCGAGGCCUAAUUUUCCAAUCGUCCUACGAACAAGUUUUUUCUAGCUAUCAAUGAGUUUUUAGUUAUCACGCCUAGGAUUCCAAAUGAUAAGGUUUCUACUGAGCUUCUGAAGGCCUAACUUUCCAAAUCAAUUCUUAGAUAUAUGUAUUUCACGAUUCAGUUUGAUAGAAACUGUUUUAUGGAUAUGACCUAGUUUUCCAAAUCGAGGCCUAAUUUUCCAAAUCGUCAUACGAACAAGUUUUUUCUAGCUAUCAAUGAGUUUUUAGCUAUCACUUCAGUAUAUCUGUUCGAUUCAUCAAAGCCUAGUUUCCCAAAUUCUUCAAGGCCUAGUUUUGCAAAUUUGAGAAUCAAUAAACUAGUCGAAAGCAAUAAGUUUUAAAGCGCAGCUCUGAAGAUGUAAUUUGGAGGCCUAGGAUUCCAAAUGACAAGGUUUCUACUGAGCUUCUGAAGGUCUAACUUUCCAAAUCGAUUCUUAGAUGUAUCUCAUUUCGAUAAGAGCUGUUUUUGGGAUAUGGCCUAGUUUUCCAAAUCGAGGCCUGAUUUUCAUAAUCAUCAUAGGGAUGAGUUUUUUCUAGCUAUCACUUCACCAAAUCCAUUCAAUUCAUCAAGGCCUUGUUUCCCAAAUUUUUCAAGGCCUAGUUUUGCAAACUUCAGAAUAAAUAAACUAGUCGAAAUCGAAUAAUUUUAAGGUGAAGCUCUGAAUAUGCAAUUUAGAGGCCUAGGAUUUCAAAUGAUAAGGGUUCUUUUCAGCUUCUGGAGGCCUAAUUUUCCAAAUCGAUUCCUGAAUGUAACUAUUCAAGCUCAGUUUGUUAGAAACUGUUUUGGGAUACGGCCUAGUUUUUCAAAUCGAGGCCUAAUUUUCCAAAUUUUCAUAAGAAUGAGUUUUUUCUAGUUACCAGUUCAGUAAAAUUUUAGGCACAGAGUUUUUCAAUUUUCCAAGGCAUGAUUUCCCGAAUUUACAAGGCCUAGCUUUGCAAAUGUAUGACCAUUUGAAAAAUCAGGCCUCGAUUUGGAAAACUAGGUCAUAUCCCAUAAAAUAGAUUUGGAAAGAUAGGCCUUUUGAACCUCAGUAGAAACCUUUUUAAAUCAAUAAACUAGUCAAAAUGAAUGAUUUUAGGGCGAAGCACUGACAAAAAAAUUAUGGGUGACACAUUUUGAAGAGCCGUUCUGGCGCCGUGGUUGCAUGUUCCGGUUGGUUCAUUUUCUCAGCUUUUAAAGUGCGGACAGAUUUUUUUUUAAAAACUAAGAAAGGUUUCAGAAAAAUCCUGAUUUCAAAAUUAAUUUUCCAUUUUUAUGUGCAGAUCAAUGCAUAUCGUCAACUCGAUCAUUAACAAAGCUCAAAUUUUUUUGAAAAUCUCAUCAAAAUUCCUCAAAACCCUCAUAAAACUUGUGUAAUGAAAGCUUAGCUGGCCGGCAGUGAAAAUUCAAUUUUCGGUGUAAAGUCGUUUUGGCGGAACCGACAAAGAAAAUGAGGAUUUUGGGCUUUUUUUUGAUUUGGAAAAAGGAGGCAAAAGUAAAAAAAAAUUGGUUGGAGUCAUAAUUUUCAAAUUUGCAAGGAAUGGAGAAAAAUUGUGAUAUUAUGAAGGGAAAAAAAAAAUCUAAAAUAGAGAGUAUGGGAAAAUUGGAGACGCAGAAAGUUACAGAAAUUCUCUCUGUCUGGAACACUCCAACUUUUCCAUACUCUCUAACUUUUCAAUCAUUCUGAACAGGGUUUUUUCAUGCGAAAUAGUUUUCUCUCCAAUCUGGAUACCCAGGUUCGAAUCCUCCAUUGAUUUUUGCCGUUUUUCAAGCUGAAAUUUAUUUUCAACGACAUAAGGAUGACGAAAAAUUAAUUCCGCAACUACCAAUCCAGCGUCCCGAGUUCGAACCCCCGACUCAUUUUUGCCAUUUUUUCCAGUGGCCACAACGCGCCGGCGUUUUUGGGCUUUGAAAAUCAAGAUCUAUCGAAUAUUGCCUACGGCGAUAUUCAUGUACCUUCGAUCGCCCUCAAGGAUAUCCCAGUUCAAAGGGAACAGUUGAGGUUUGCCUUCCAUUGGGAAAAUCUCAGAAAAAUAGAAAUUUUGAGGUUAAAAUUAUGCUACGGGACGAAGAAAGUGACGACUUUCAAUGCAGAUCUCUCACAAAAACAGGUGAUUUUUUUGGAUUUUCUAAUCUUUUCAAUGCAUUUGAAAUUUGAAAUUAAAAUUAUUGAGGUUUUUUUGGAGGACCUUGUGUCUUAAAAAAAGCAUCAAAACUGAAUUUCCAGAACUUGUAAAUUUAUUAUUUUCCGUAGAACUCUUGUCACGAAAAUUUGAAGAUUUCAAGAAAUCAAUUUAAUAGUUAAGUUAAAUUUUUUUCCCUUUUAAUGACCUUUCUGUUCAAAAAACUUUCGAUUGGGUUUUUGGAUAGUUUUUCAUGAUCUCGGCUGAGAUUUUUGAGGCGUUUUAUAGCAUUUUUAACAAUUUUUUUAUUCAUUUCUUUGGAUUCAAAACGUUUUUUUUUUUACCUAUUUUUUCACUUUAGAACCAUUUUUGACGAUUUUAGGUGACAAAAACGGGUUUUUCACUGGUUUGGCAGCCGACCGACUCAUCAUCAUCGGCCUCAAUCGUCAAAUUUCCUUUCGAAAGAAGAGCAGCCAAGGUAUCCCGAAAUAUCAAUAAAUCGAUAAAUUGAUCGAUUUAGGAUCUGACGGUCGAGUUGGAAAUCUUCGACAAGGUCUUCCUUCAACGGAAAGAACUCAUUAGGCUCGUCGGAAAAGUUUCCUUGGAUCAGGUUUGAGUUUUAACUUUGAAAAUGUCAUGAUAACUUCGAAAUUUGAUGCUCGGAGGGUCGCAGGUUCGAGGCAUGUUCAGGAGAAAGAUUUUUGCCAUUUUUUACGACUUUUCUGUCAAGUUUAUCAGUCAAAAACGACUAAAAAUCGUGAGAAGCUUUAAAAAAGGAUAUUGUUGAAAUUCUCGUGUCUGACAGUUAAAAUCUUCUAUUUUACUCAUUUUUUUGAUCAAAAUCUAUCUGGUUUACAAUGAGAAGGUCCCAGGUUCGAGUCCUGUCCAGGGCGAAAUAUUUUUUGCCAUUUUGUAAUUGUUUUUUAUCUGUGAAUUUUAUCAGUUAAAAACGGCAAAAAGCCGUUUGAAAAUCAAGAAAAUCAGAAAAAGAAAGGUAUUGGUAAAAUUCCCAUGUCUGACACUCUAAAAAUCUUCUGUUCUCAAGGUCACAGGUUCGAGUCCUGUCCAGGGCGAAAUCUUUUUUUGCCAUUUUGUAAUUGUUUUUUUCUGUGAAUUUAAUAUUCAAAAAAAUACUAAAAUCGCUCAAAAACUAAAAAAAUAUCAAAAAAAGAUAGAUAUUGAUAAAAUUAUUGUGUCUGACACUCUUAAAAUCUUCUGUUCUCAAGGUCACAGGUUCGAGUCCUGUCCAGGGCGAAAUCUUUUUUGCCAUUUUUUAGAAAAGCUUGAGCGCAAAAGUUGCUUACAGAAUCGAUUUUUUGCAAAUCUAAUGAAACUUCUGACACGACUUCUACAGUUUUGAAGUUCAAAAUUAUUUUUUUUCAGCUUUUGCCCCCGACAAACUCAAAAACGGCCCACAACGUCGCAGAAGUCAACUUGAAAUCGAGGGAUUCUGACCGGGAAAUGAGCGCCAGAGUUAAUGUCACCACAAGGUAAGGUUGCUCCAUUGAUAAUUUUUGGAUUGAUUGAUUUUUGAAAAGCUUGAAGAUUAAAGAUAUAGGACAAAAUGCUUUAUAGCAGUAGAGCGCAAUGGAAAAUCGGAAAAAAGCCGUUUUCUGGAUUUUUUGAGUGUAUUUCUGAGCUCAGAACUUCAAAAUUAGUUUGAGAGAAAUAAACAUUUUGAAUAUUUUAAAUUGUUCCUUAGAGCGCGUUUUCAUUGUGAAAUCGAGCUUCUCUCGUCUGACGUCAUUCUAGGCAUUUUCAAGCUUUUUUAAGAGUUCAACUGAUUUUAAGAAUCAAUGUUCAUUUUUUUAAAUAUACGGUAUUGAAGCUCGCACUAAUCUGAUACUGUAAUAAGUCGAUUUUUUCAACAGAGCGCAUUUUCCAAGUCAAAAACAGCCUACUUGAUUUUACACCUUUCUGAUUCGAAUUUGAAACAUUCGACGUGUGAAAAUCUUCAUUUCUAGCGUCACGUUGAACCGGGAACUCCAACUGAUCGCCGGAGAAUUCGUGGAAAGAACUCUUCAAGCCGACUCCCAUCUGACCUAUCUCUGCCACUGCGCUUCCUUGAAUCGGACAGCCUUGACGCCGAAUUCCAGUGUUCACCUGGCUACUCAUAGGUGAGCUUUGAAAGACCGCACGCGUAAUGGCUCAAAGCCGACCUGAAGCGACUUGCGCUAAAUCUCUCUUAAAAGGUCUCUAUAGGGGCUAGUGGGAGGUCCCUUUUAAAUAGGGGUUAGUUUUAAAUGACCUUGUUUUCCAAAUAAUGGGGUCUGGAGGUCGGAACACUUCCAUAUGGAUCGUAAAAAUAUGACCAAGGAUUGCUGGUUUUUUGACGGCCUAAAUUUAGAAAACCAUUCGAGGCGGCCUUGUUUUCCAAAUAUAAGGGGUUGGAGGGUCCCUAUAGAGGUUAGAGGGAGGUCCCUUUUAAAUAGGGGUUAGUUGUAAAUGACCUUGUUUUCCAAAUAAUGGGGUCUGGAGGCCGGAAAACUUCCAUAUGGAUCGUAAAAAUAUGACCAAGGAAUGCUGGUUUUUUGACGGCCUAAAUUUAGAAAACCAUUCGAGGCGGCCUUGUUUUCCAAAUAUAAGGGGCUGGAGGCCGAGAAACCUCAAUAUUGAUCGUAAAAAUAUGACCAAGGACUGCUGGUUUUUUGACGGCCUAAAUUUCCAAAAUCAAGCGAGACGACCUUGUUUUCCAAAUAUAACAACCUGGAGGCCGAGAAACCUCAAUAUUGAUCGUAAAAAUAUGACCACGGGCUUCUGGUUUUUUGGCAGCCUAAAUUUAAAAUAAAUCGAGACGUUUUUUGACGGCCUAAAUUUCCAAAAUCAUCCAGACGGCCUUGUUUUCCAAAUAACGGGGUCAUAAAUAUCCGAAACAUUUUUCUUGGAAAAUCAAGAUCAGUAGCCAGAACUUUCAUUGAUCAUGUUUCCAGCGUGAUGGACACGAGAGACGGCGCCAAGUAUACGGUACAAGUAGUCCAUUCGGCCCCGCUGUUACUUUCAAUGAUCCUGGUGUACGGUAGAGAGCAAAGGCUCCUCGCGAUGGCUCAUCUCAUCGGCGCCGACUCCUUGCCCAGCCGGGACCAACUCGAUAAUAACCUGGUCUUUCUACUUAAUAAUCCUGAAACUUGAGUUUUUUCAGCAAUUCCUGCCCCAUCUAUCGAAUGCGGACGAGCGAGCCUUCGUCAUCGUGAACAAAGAUGGCGACUAUGCGAUCGUCAAGGGAAGAUGGACGGGAUUCUCCCGGAAACAGGCCGCCUCCAAAGGCCAAAAGGCCAAGCCUGGCAAUCCGGGCCGUCUGAUGGUCGACGCCUUCAACCUUCUGAAGAACACCGUUCAGAAGCUCGAAGUGCCGACGCCGGAGGGGUCUACCUUGUUUGUUAUUGGAGGUGGGAUUUUGAGGCAAAAAAGGUGCUCUUUUGAGACGUCCUGCACACGGAAAAGUAUGACAAGAAACAGAAUUUUUGAAAUAGGCUGAUGGUAUUGAAAACCAAACUUUAUUUGGAAUUUCAGGCCUCCGGUCUUAGUUUUAGGUGAACUGAACAGGCUGUUUUUUUUCCCAGUUAUUUCAGGCUGUUUUUUGUAGAACAGCAGAUUUCAAUGUCAUCAAUCAUUAUUUGGAAUUCACGGCCAUCAGUUCGAGUCUUUUUGAAAACUCGGACGUUUAUGCACUGCUUCAGAAAAUUAGGCCUGAAGGUUAUCGAAAAUCUUCGAUCUCGAACUGAAAAAAAGCUAGACCUUCGAUUCGGACUUUGGCUGCUCCUUUAAAGCGUCUUUUUAAAGCAGGAUUUUGGAAAAAAUAGGUCGAUGAUAUUGAAAACCAAACUUUAUUUGGAUUUUCAGGCCUCCGGUCUUAGUUAUUAGGUAAACUGGACAGGCUUGAUUUUUUUUUUUCAGUGAGUUUAGGCUGUUACUUGUAGAUCAACAGAUUUAAAUGUCAUCAAUCACUAUUUGGAAUUCACGGCCUUCAGUUCGAGUCGUUUGGAAAACUCGGUCGUUUAUAUACUUUUUCUGAAAAUUAGGCCUUUAGCUUCGAGCGAAUUUUGCAAUGUUAGGUUGCCUGAAAAUUCAUCAGGUUAUCAAAAAUCUUCGAUCUCUAUUUGCAAAUCCAGACCUUUGAUUCGGGAAACUCGGCCUUAUUUUAUCAUUAUUUGGAAUUCACGGCCUUCAGUUUGAGUUAUUUGGAAAACUUUAGAGGACAUAUAUAUACUUUUUCUGAAAAUUAGGCCUUUAGCUUCCAGCUUAGGUUACCUGAAAGUUAUCAAAAAUCUUCGAUCUCUAUUUGUAAACCUAAACCUCCUAUUUGGAAAACUCGUCCCUCUUCUCCUAGGCCUAAAAAACCAAUUUUUGAAGUCCAAAUCUAUCCGUUUAUGUACUUUUUCCGAAAAUCAGGCCUCAAGCUUCCAGCGAAGUUUGCAAUGUUAGGUUACCUGAAGUUUUUCAAAAAUCUUCGAUUUCGAUUUGUAAACCUAGUCCUUCGAUUUGGAAAACACGGCCAUGUUUCAGACGCCCAAGCUCGAUUACCUGGAAAACGGAUCGAAUGCCGAUCUACCAACACCGCCGAGCAGAUCGCCUCCGUCUUCUGCGUCGCCACCUUAUUCGUCCUUUGCAAUCCGGACAAGGUGAGUAGCUCAGUCGGUGGUGGUCUUGAACGCCGCUCGGAGGGUCUCUGGAUCGCUCCCUAUCCUGACUUUUUGCAAAAAUCACCUUUCAGGUGAGAUCAAGGAGCGACAACACCUCCGUGGGACAUCAAGCCCAUAAAUGGCCGUUCACCUUGGCUUGUGGUUACGGUAGACAACUACCGUCCAAUCGCGCUCUGUCGACAAGCGAGAAUGAAGGAGGAGGUGCGAACUAUCGGAACAUGAAGCCGUAAAAUAAGAUAACCAUCAAAUUUUAGAAAGUGAUUGCGGACUUGGAUGUUACAGUAAGCUCUAAAAUUUAAUAAUGAAGACUUCAAAGUGCAGUAAUUUCAUUUGGAUAGUCUGAAUUUAUCUAAAAAUGUGAUCUAUGAAAUUAGAGUUUCUCAUAACCUUGAGGCCUUUACGGACUUGCAUCUUACAGUAAUCCGAUAAAUAAUAAAAUUUGUUUUUUUGCGGAACCACCAAACGAAAGUCGCUCAACUUGGAAUGAUUUUAAGACUCGAAUGUUCUUCGCAGAAUUCGAGCUUACAGUAACCAAAAAAAUACUUCUUUUAAUGACGUCAUCGCAACCUUACAGACCUUUCACCUACCGUAACCAAUUUUUUAUAUCAUUUAAGGCGGCGGGAUGGAGAUCGCGCCGUUGCUAAUGUGCGGCGCCGGAUGUGACGGAGCGGCUUGCGGGGCUUGCGGAGCGUGCGGCGCUUGCGGCGCGUGUGGAGGCUGCGGUGGCUGCGGCGGUUGUGGCGGCUGUGGUGGUUGCGGAUAG